UCCUUUUCCUCCGCUGUUCAUCAGGAGACUGGUUCUUGCCUUGUAGCGACUUUUCAUUUUAGAGCAUGAAGGGUACCACAUUGAGAGGGAGGACUGUAAUAGCUCUACUGCAAGGAUGCCUGGUGAUGACCUUGCUUCUCUCAGGGACUUCUGCCUUGCAGUGUCUUAGCUCCAGCUCCAUUGAGCAUUUCAACUCCAGAGGCACAACCACUCCUAGUUUAUCCACAUAUAGUAGCAUUAUCAACUGCUCCAAUGACGAGAAUGCUUGUGUAGAGGCACAACUCAAGCUCAGCAUAGAUAAAAAUGCUCUGGUAGUGAUCUACAGAGGCUGCGCCAACAAGGAUUUUACGGAUGGAGCAGAACCAGUCACCAUUGGUGAUCGGCACUUUGCCAUCCAGUCCAAUAUGAUCUAUUGUCUCAAUGACCUUUGCAAUGUGGAAAAGACAAGGAAGAAUGUUUCCGAGACCCAUGGACAGGACAAAGGGCCAGAAGCAAGCGGCUCCAACCACUGUUUCUCGGGCUUUGCUCUCGACCCCAAUGACGUCAUCUUGGAGAGGGUGACCUGCAGCAAGGACUACAACCAUUGUUACCAUGGUAACACCACCAUCACAGUAGGACCUCUCUCCAUGCCCAUGUUCAUCAAGACCUGCCAGCACCCAGACUGUGAUGUGCCUCAGAGUCAAUCCUUUGGCCUCAUAAGGAUCAUCAGCCAGUGGGGCUCAUGUUGCAGUGGCAGCUAUUGCAAUGGGAAGGAAGUUGCCUCUCAGAGCCAGAACAUCAGCACAUCAGCUGCCACCAAUGCAUCUUAUGGUGUCAAUCACACCACCAGUUUCACCAAACCUAAUGCUGAACAUGGUACAAACUCUACAAUUCCUGGGAUAGAGACUGUGGCACCUAGAUACCACUGGAAGUCAAACACUAGCACGAGCACCACCCUGGGACCAUCUUAUGAUGAGUAUGAUGGAGAAACCAAUAUCUAUGAGGACUUAGUUCCCACAAUUGUUCCCCGAACACGUGGGUCAGCUCCUCAAGGGCCCGCCCUUCAACUUUGCCCCCUCCUGGUAGCCUUAGGAAUAACAGUCCUUGGGAUAUGGUGGUGAGAAAUGGGAUUUGGAGGCACCUUGACUUCUGGAUCCUGUGCUCAGGUUUGGAAUGGCUGUGCUUUAGAACAGGAAGGGAGGGUGGACGUCAGGGCUCCUGGGCUGUGGCCUUUCCCAACCAAUCCUCACAGUGGUGCUUGUAUCUAAAUUAAACUUUUGUUUCAGAUAACAAACAAGCAAGCUAAAAAAUAGAGUACUCCAUCAGAAAAGAUAGCACUUUCUUCUUCAAUUUGUUCUACCCCUCUAUUUGCUGGUACCCCACACUCUCACAUGCUCUCACACACAAAACACACAUCCCACAUACAUCAUGCACACGCACAGAAGCAUGAAACUGUCCCUCCUCAGACGAGGCAUGCAGAUCUACUGAGGAGGAUAGAUUAACAUGCCACCCUAGCCAUUAAAUGAUAGAUCUGGUGACUGGGGAUGGGGUGAUCGGCAUCCUCAUCAGGGCCCUGGGCUGGGCGGAAGGGUUUAAAGUGCUCUGCCCACCCCCUUGUGGUUUAUUUGUUGGUGUUGUGUUAACUGAGGAAGGGUCAUAGCUCAGAGGCAAAGCAGCUGCUUUGCAUGCAAAAGGUCCCAGGUUCAAUCCCCAGAAUCUCCAAAUAGGGCUGGCUGGCUGACACCCUUGCCUGAAAUCCAGGGAAGCCAUUGCCAGUCGGUGUACAUGAUCCUAAGCUAGAUGGGCCCAUGGUCUGACUUAGUAUAAGGCAGCUUCCAAUGUUCCUGUAUUGCAUUCGUCUUUUAAAAUUGGGGGAAGGGGAGAGCUUUGUUUCAGAUAAGUACUGCAGAGCUUGGAAAAGUUACUUUUUUAAACUACAACUCCCAUCAGCCCCAGCCAGCAUGGCCACUGGAUUGGGCUGAUGGGAGUUGUAGUUCAAAAAAGUAACUUUUCCAAGCUCGGGACUUUGCCUUUGUCCUGUUCCAUCUCGGUGUCAGGAAGGGGAAUGGUGACGAUCAGCAGCAACCAAAUCCUGAUGCCUAGUUGCAGUCUGUUUUGUUUUAGUUUUGUUUCACAGAUGUCUUGCAAGGUCCUCACAUAGGAGCAAGGCAUAAGCAUUAAACCACCGAAAGGAACAGACACACAAUCUAUUAAAUUCACUCUGGAUUAGAUCCAGACUUGUUCGUACUUAGAGAGCAGGCACAUUAUAUCCGUGGAACUUAACAAUCAUUUGCACAGAUGUUCAAAUCGGUAUAUUUAGAGGAGAACAGGGAUGGCUAACACAUACCCCCAGUUUGAGAGCCUGACCCUCAAAACAAUUUUCUGCUUCUCAAGAUUGUUUGCUGAUAUUUGUAGAUAUAAUCUUGUAAUACUGUGUGUGAAAUUGACUCUCGAAUGUUGUUACUUUUGUGGGGGGACUUUUAUUUUGAAUCAUUAUAGGGUAGCAAUGUUACUUUUGUUAUAUAUUUUUGCUGUUGCGAUGCGUUGUUAACUGCCUUUGAGUAGAGGAAUAUGGAAA